AUGAGUCAAGCCGACGGGGCUUUGAAUGGAACAUUAGCAAGUAAUGUCACUAGGAUAUUUACACCUGAUGUUGGACUAACUACGGGAGCCUUAUUUCUCAUGGCUAUCAUUCCCAUAUACAUUGGCGCACACAAAUCAAUUAAAGCUCUCAAGGAGUCCCUUGAACCGGAUGCGACUGAUAUUACCGUUUUCCGUCGAGAUGAAGCCGUUAUGCUCCCAAUCUAUGCUAGUUGUGCUCUUUUUGGCAUUUUCUUGGUGUUUAAGAUAUUUGCCGCUGAGCACAUCAACAUGCUGCUAUCGAUAUACGCCCUCCUUAUCGGCACUUACACUGUGUUCUUCCUCAUCAGAUCACAUGCUGUACGGCUGUUUCCGCGGCAUCUUCGAAACACACACUUCACUUUAAUACUCACUGAGUCGGAGAGUGACUCUCCUAUACCACAAAAAGAAUCGGGGCGAUUUCAGUUUGAGAGGAGGGAUGCCGUUCCCCUGGCAAUCGCACUAUCGGUCGGGCUAGUCUAUGUGUGCUCUAAACACUGGGUCGCUAAUAAUAUCAUAAGUAUUGCGAUCGCUAUCGCGGGUAUUGAGCACCUUCAUCUGGAUAGAGCUAUCAAUGGGUGCGUUCUGCUUUGCGGUCUCUUCGUCUACGAUGUUUUUUGGGUCUUUGGAACUGGUGUCAUGGUCUUUGUUGCCACAAAUUUCGAUGCACCAGUCAAAGUCGUCUUCCCGCGAGAUUUUUUGACAAACGGAUUCUUUUCAAAGGACGUUGGAAUGCUUGGUCUGGGCGAUAUUGUUGUUCCCGGCAUCUUCUUGGCCUUGCUCCUGAGAUUUGACAAUAAGUUGGAUCGUAAUGGCAGUCGUCUCUAUUUUUGGACCGGUUACGUGGCUUACAUCAUUGGCCUGCUAGCCACUUUCGCCGUUCUGUACAUCUUCCGCCAUGCCCAACCUGCACUUCUCUACCUCGUUCCUACGUGCUUGGGAUUCCCUCUCGCCAUGGCACUCAUCAAGGGUGAUUUUAACGAACUGAUGGCUUACAAAGACAUUCCUUUGGAGGUGGAGGAACGCGUCAAGGCUAACCGGGAGGCUGCUGAAAAGAAGGGCGAGUAA